CAUACAUUACGUGCACUUUAUUCACACAGUAUUUACACGUCUUAUAGUGAGAGGCGGUGUCACUUGAAACGUGCCAUAGAGUGGACGUACUUCGUUGAGUGCAGUGACAUAUUUGCGACCAUAGUUUGGGUGAUAAUAAUGGCGUCGAAGGCAUCGACAGCGGCGGUGAUCGACACGAGGGCCGAGUUGGCCGAACUCGUCAAACGCAGGGCCGACAUAGCGGAGACGCUGUGUAAUCUGGAGCGACAGAUAUACGCCUUCGAGGGCUCCUAUUUGGAGGACACCCACCUCUACGGCAAUAUCAUCCGCGGAUGGGACCGGUAUCUCAUGGCCAACAGGAACACGAACAGCAAAUCCGACAAAAGGAACCGUAAGUUCAAAGAGGCCGACCGUCUCUUCUCCAAGUCGUCCAUUACGUCGAGUCAAGCCGUCUCUGGGCAACAGUCGGAGAAGGAGUCGGCGGACCAGAGCUCUGAGAAUGAGUCCCACAAUGCCAACAGUGGUCCCGAAGACGCGGGAGCGGACGGCGCCCUCUCUGCCGACGAAGGCGUCACUCCGUCGAAGAUCGCGAAGUCGUCGCAGAAUCGGUCAAAGAAAGCCACGUCCAAGAGAUCCAGACAUAAGUGAGACAUUUGUUGAUAGCGAGUGAUGAUUGAAACGAACGAACGGUUUGUCUGUUUGAUGGCAUACUAGUGUCCAGUGGUUUGACACGAUUUGUGAGACGAUAUUCGCAUCAAAUUGCAGUCAAUUCAUUGAAUUGAGUGUCAAAUCGCCGGCAAUAAGUGUACAAUAAUUGCAUUUUUUAUAUACAAUAAAUUACUCAUGAUUUUCAAUGC